CGACCGCGGGCAGAGUGCCGCCUCUUCCGCUUCCGGUGCCAGGACCGCCGCCAUGCUGGGCGAUCUGCUGCUCUGCGGAACGCUGCUGGUGAACGCCGGCGCCGUGCUGAACUUCAGACUGAGGAGGAGAGACACGGAGGGCUUCGGCGAGGGGGCGAGGGAGCCCACGACCGGUGACAAUAUCAGGGAGUUCUUGCUGAGUCUUAGGUAUUUCCGAAUCUUCAUUGCCUUGUGGAAUGUCUUCAUGAUGUUCUGCAUGAUUGUGUUAUUUGGAUCUUGAAAGUCAUCCACAAACACAUCUGGUAACCUGGAAGAGACUUUUGGCUGCAGACAUAACUUUUCUAUCAAGUAAAAGAUUAUAAUGCUUUCCACAUACAGCCCUGGGGUUGUGGCAGGUUCUUUCCAUGGAGCAGCACAGCACACAGCUCCCCCCAAUCCCCCCGGCUGCAUAACGUGGGGGGAGUGCAGGGCUGCGUGCUGCAGGGCGGGGAGCCUCCCAGCCCCUGAGCCAAAGGCUUCAAAGUAAAAUAAUUUCAACUUCACUGGGAGGAGAAAAAGGAAAAAAAAAAAAAAAGCCAACUUGAAAUUGUGUUGCUCAGCAUUGGGUGCCUGAUGUGCAGCGCAUUGCAGCUGAAUGAAAGCCACAGCCGUGCAGCUCUGCGCCGUCCUCGCUCCAUCCCUGCUGUCACUGCACUGUGGGUCGCGUGGAAGUCACUUCAUUAUUGUGAAGCUGAGUAAAGUAUUGAUGUAACUUGGAAAAAAGAAGUCAUUUUUCCCUCACGAUUCCAUUUUU